AUGUCAAUUGAAAUCCCCAAAACCCAAAAAGCAGUCAUAUUCGAAACCAGUGGUGGCCCAUUAAUCUACAAAGAUACUCCCGUGCCCAAAAUUCAACCCAAUGAGAUUCUUGUCAAUAUCAAAUAUUCAGGUGUAUGCCACUCCGAUUUAACUGCAUGGAAAGGAGAGUGGCCCAUUCCAUAUAAACUCCCUUUAGUUGGUGGUCAUGAAGGGGCAGGUAUAGUCGUUGCUGUGGGUGACAAUGUUCAAGGUUGGAACGUAGGUGAUUUAGCUGGAGUUAAAUUAAUUAAUUCAACAUGUUUAAAUUGUGAACAUUGUCAACAAUCCAAUGAAACCAUUUGUCGAGCCAGAGCGUUGAAUGGAAUCAGCAGGGAUGGAACUUUCCAACAAUACUGUGCUACUGAUGCCAUUCAAGCGGCAAAACUACCUCUGGAUAUUGAUUUAAAAUCUGUCGGACCGAUUUUAUGUGCUGGUAUUACCGUUUAUAAAGGAUUGAAAUCAUCGGAAGCAAAACCUGGUCAAUGGAUUGCCAUUUCGGGAGCCGCUGGUGGGUUGGGCUCAUUGGCAAUCCAAUACGCUAAAGCAUUAGGGUUGAGAGUGGUAGGGAUUGAUGGGGGUGAAGAAAAGGGGAAAUUCGUGAAAACCUUAGGUGCUGAGGAAUAUGUUGAUUUCACCAAAUCGGACGAUAUUGCUAAAGAUGUGGUUGCGAUCACCGAUGGCGGCGCUCAUGCUGCAUUGAAUGUCGCUUCCUCCGAACAAGCUAUACAAAAGAGUGUUGAGUACGUUAGAUCAAAUGGAACUGUAAUCUUGAUUGGAUUGCCACCAAAUGCAAAGCUUUCACUUGACAUUUUAACAACUGUUGUCAAACAAAUUACGGUUAGAGGUUCAUACGUGGGGACGAAAUGGGAUACUACCGAAGCUAUCGAUUUUUUCCAUAGAGGUUUAGUCAAAUGUCCAAUCAAAGUUGUCGGUUUGACUGAAUUGGAACGCGUGUUUAAAGAGAUGGAAGAAGGUAAGGUUUUGGGUAGAUAUGUUCUCGAUACUUACAAGUGA